UGGCCGCAGAGCAUCAUUUGCAUUACACCUUCUGCCAUCGCUGUGGAGCCGACGGAACAUCACCCAAGCUGCCAUCGGGUUCGAUGCUGGGCAGCUCAUAAUCACCAUCUACCGCAUCACGAUCUUCUCUGAUCACACCGCAGCCAUUCGAAUCGCUGCACGCCGUACUCGUGUCGCAGAGUGGCGUGCGAGGGUGAGAAGUGCAUAGAGGAGCCAGGUCAAAGAGACCCUUCUCUAUGCCCCACCACCGCAGUAAUGUCCUCAUAUGCGAAAAGCGAUGGGGCGCGAGCUCCGAUCGGAGAGGGCCAUGCACCUUCCUCGUCGCACCGAACAUCCACACCGGCGCUCAAUGGCUCGGGCGUGCAACGUUCUCGCUCGCAGCGGAUGACCUCCUCUGGGACGAGUGCGAGUCGUCCAGCGAUGGUCCGUCCUGGAUCUUCCCACCAGCACCAAUCUGCGCACAGAGCAAGCACUGGGGACGGCGCCUUCAGCACUUUGAAACCGCACAAAUCUUUAGGAGAUGGAGCAGCGCCAGUCGAGUCCGGCAGGUUCCCUUCAGUCGUCGUUCCACAGCUUAGCGAUCGCUUCGAAGCAGAGCGAGAGCAUCUUACUAGAGCAUCGGAGAUGCCCUUUGGUCCGGAAACUUCCGACGUCGGCUUGAAGCCCCCGAGCAUUUCAAGCUCCUCAUCCAAGCCAUCUAGAACGGCCAGCAUCUUCAGGCUUGGUCGCGGGCUACGUAACAAGUCGAAGCCCAGCACAUCCGCAGGAGACUCUUCGGAUGCGCCCAAAGAAGGCUCCGCCUCUCCUUCCGCACGCGCAUCGAGCUCCACCCGGUCUGGCAAUUCUUCGAGAUCGAUCAGUGCAGUCACCAGCGCGGUGGAAAAUACGGGAUCCAGCGAACCUCGUUUGUCCAUUUCGAGUUCGCGACAUAGUGGCAGCUCUCCCAGCGACGGCAGGGCUAGCUCUGAUCUCGAUCACAUGCUGAGGAGUGGUCGAUUUGCGUCUAGCAGCAGCUUGGUCGCCGCGCCAUCAAAGCUCAAGAUGCCUCAGGAUCCGGAAGAGGAUGGAGAAAAUUUUGCGGAGCAGAUCGAGCUUAUCCACCACCCCGGUCAAGCUCUUGUGGCGGGCAGCCAUGCUGUGUACGAUUCAAUCGCUGGCGUCCCCUCGAGGCGCCAUCUGGGCUCUGACGCGGAUCAGGAAUCGGCUUCAGCUCAAGAUGACGUUGCGUCAGCAAAGAAAGGAAGCUAUGUUGAUGGCAGCAUUCUGGCCGAAGGCUUGGGUACCGCCAAGAGGCAGCACCGAGCGGUCCCUUCGAUCGACAGCAACCCAGAAUCCACUUCCCACGGUCGGCGGAGGUCUUUGGCUUUGUUCAGUAUGCCCAAGCAAAGCAGCUCUGUAGCUGGUGAACCAGACGCCUCCUGGGAGGUAUCACAGGAACAAUCUCGGAACCGUCAGUCCGCCAAUCAAUCAGCUAGCAUCGUUGAUGCGGAGAGGACGAUUACUGGACGCGUGCAUGCUCCGAGCAUCGCAGUUGCAUCACCAUCAAGUAACGACUAUCCAGCUACGUCCCCGCGCAUCCUCGGGUCAUUCUCCAGAAGAACGGGGGUCGCGCCUCCGCAAUUGCCACCUCCAGCUAUAGCGCCCCCGGCCCUGCCUUCCGAGCUCGCUAGGACUCCAAAUAAGGCGCGGCAAGUGAGCGCUCCGGCCUCCACGCCUUCUCGAAUGGCAAAUCUAUUCAAGUCCAAGUUGAUGGGUCCGCGCGAUCGGGUGGGUGAUGAGGACGAGGGUCAUGCGGCGGUGGCAAGCCUGCCUGCUAGCUCCGCUCUCGUUGGUCUUGGAACCUUUGUCAUGCCAACACGGGACCACGAGGCUGAGGAGCGGCACGUCGAGGGAAGACGUCUACGGAAAACCCGUUCCCAGGUCAAUCUGCAAGGGUCGAAGGCAUCUCACAACUCUUCGUCUCGCGAAAGAGCCAUCGGCGCAGGCGGCAGAGACGAAGGCCAAUCUGGCUCGAGCAAGGGCAAGUCCACAGAUCGCUCUGCGGACUCUGCCAGACCAAACCAUCGCCGGCCACGCACCAGCGGCGCUGCUGACGCAAGCAGUCGCCUUGCCCCUUCCAUCGCCAUCGAUGGGGCACACGAGACCCUGACUGCUUCGCCCAUGGAUUCCCCCACGCUUUCGUCGAAAGCUUGGGUAGCUGAUGAAAGGUUCAAAGCCGCGAAGGAAGCAUCGCGAGCAAAGUCGGGCUGGGAAAUGACUUCUAGCUCGCGCCUCGAGCUCUUAGAUUCCUCACCAGAGGAGGAGAAACGUCAAUACUUUCCCCCAAUAUCACCACCAGACAGCAAUGCUCCCGGUCGCCGGCGAUCAUUCGUCCAACGCCAAGCUCCUCCUUGGCGACUUGCUAGAGCCAAUAGCAGCACUGCGGGCGUCGACGACUAUCCGAGUGGAGCGGUCAAUGUUUCGCGACGCUCUAGUGUGGCUCGCCCUUCGUCUGCUAAGACUUUAGAUGGUGCUGGUCCUUCAAUAGCUGCUCCAAUCGGCUCGUCAGCUGGCACAUCACGUCUGGAUCACAGCGGAGGAGCGUCUGCGUUAUUUGGUGGCAGUAGCGCCUCGGCUACUCCAAGGCAACGAGCAUCCUCGCUCAUCCCUAGCUUACCUUGGACUCGCUCAAGAACUUCAUCUAGUGUUGCACUAGAGGGUCGCCCUUCGCUCCCUUCAGGCGAUGGACGGGGGCACUCCACACAGCAAGUCCUGAAUUCAGUGGCAUCAGCAAUCGCCGCCAAGGACAGCCUGCAGCAGGAUGCCAUGCGGCGAACCUCUAUUGCACUGGAGCAUCUAAGGUCUGCAGACUCGGAUCCCGCGUCCACCUCACUUCAGUCUAGCACAACGCAUGUUGACAAGUAUGAAAAGCCAAGCAAAGCCUCUCAGGAUUCCGGCGCUCGAGAAUUUGACUCGCCAGAAACGUUCGUCGAGCAUGUCGUCGCGUCCGUGCCUCGCAAUGACGUGGUUGCCGUUUUGGCUUCGAAGACCGAUGAUCUGCACAAACACGCUUUGCAACUGUUCAUGCGGCGUUUUCUGUUCGCAGGUCAUCCCUUGGACAUCGCGCUGCGCAAGCUCUUGAUGAGCUUGUGUCUGCCGAAAGAGACUCAGCAAAUCGAUCGCGUCAUGGAAGCCUUUGCUCAAAGGUACAAUGAGUGCAACGAGAACCUCUUCGCAGCGCAAGGUGAGUCUCAACGCAUCGGAGGUGUGCUUCCUUGUGUGCUCACUCCAAGGCUCGCAUCCAUCAACCUCUCAUAGACCAGCCAUAUAUUUUGGCGUUCUCGCUGAUGAUGCUGCAUACCGACGCCUUCAAUAAGAACGCAAAGAACAAGAUGACCAAAGCUGAUUACGUCCGCAACACCGCGUCCAGUAAGGCUCCUGUCGAGAUCCUUGAGGUAAGUUUGUGCAUCGGCAUGAAGUCGAUGUG